GUCCUCUACAUCACCAAGGUGCCCUUCGAGGAGGUCGGCUAUGGCAGUGAUGAGCAGGGCGCAGCUGUACAGAAUAAACCCAUCUAUCCGACACCCUCUGCUCUGCGGCCCAUCCUAUCCACCGACGAGCUCGCCCUCCUCUACGGAAACUUCGAACCCGGCGUCCUGACUACUGGAGAUGGGGCUUUUUGGCCGUGGACUGUACGCUUCUUUUAC